AUGGAUCCGAUCCGAGGCUUUUGCGGGAAGCUGCGGUCUCUGGCCGUCACUUUGGACAGCGAGACGGCCCGGCUGCAGCGAGCGCUGGACGGAGAGGACAGCGACUUUGAAGACUGUCCAAUGAGAGUUCUACAUGACCUUAACUCAGAAGUACGAAUUCUAAAGGAUGAUGUCAAUAUUCUUCUUGAUAAAGCAAACUUGGAAAGUCAAGAAAACAUUGGUUUCAUAAAAGCAACAAAAAUAUUGAUGAAAAAGAAUUCAAUGGAUAUCAUGAAAAUAAAAGAGUUUUUCCAGAAGUAUGGAUAUAUUCCACGUGCCAAGAAAAAUUCAGUGGAUGAGCAAGGAGUCACUGACUCUAAACCAGAGUCCAGUGAAUGUGAACGUCCUGAGAUGCCUGACGUGAAAGACAAUUUGUUGGAUUCUGCUGCUGCAAGCACUUCUGUUCCUGAGAAGUCACCACGUAGUCCACAACUUUCUGAUUUUGGACUUGAGCGGUACAUCGUAUCCCAAGUUAUACCAAACCCUCCCCAAGCAGUAAACAACCAGAAGGAAGAGCCAAAAAUUUUAACUCCAUUGUCCAAACACUCACUAGUAAAAACUCCAAAAUGUGCACUAAAGAUGGAUGAUUUUGAGUGUGUAACUCCUAAAUUAGAACACUUUGGUAUCUCUGAAUAUACUAUGUGUUUAAAUGACGAUUACACAAUUGGACUUAAAAAUGUGAAAACUAACAGUGAGACCAAAGAAACAGAACCAGUGCCCAAUGAUAAUGUCUUGGCCACUCCUGGCCUCAUAACCCAGCCGUUGGGAAAAAAUAAUGCUGAGCACACACACUCUCCUUUGGCACCUACAUUCUGCACUCCUGGUUUGAAAGUCCCUUCUACAAAGAGCAGCACAGCUAUGGUAUCCACAAACAGUUCAUCGAAUGACUUAGAAACGGAAGAAAGUACAUCAUUAGUUUCAAAUUCAGACAAGUGCUUUGAGAAUUUUGCAGAACCCUCUUCUCCUACAAUUUCUUCUUACGAGAAUCUGCUCAAAACACCUACACCUCCAGAAGUUACUAUGAUUCCAGAAGAUAUUCGCCAGAUUUUAUCAAAAUACAACUCAAACCUAGCAUCUCUAGGAGCAGUUAGAGCGGUGUCACCCAUCAACGUGUUCCUUCCUCGGCAUGGAGGACAGAAUAUGUGA